AUGUUAAAAAUAAUCAAAUUAUUAAUUUUAUUUAUUAUUUUACCAGAAAUAUUUGGUAUAACGAACGUGCGAGACGAUGCGAUUUGGUUUAAAAAUGGCGGAAAGUUAAAAGACAGACGAGGUUCCUGUUCUCUUUUGGGUGUUUGUUGUUUGUUUGAAAAAACUUGUUCGGAUAAUACGACAUCGAAACUAUCAUAUUUUGUCACACCGAAAACUUUUACAAAUGAUUGUCCGUUAACAAUAAACAUAUUAAAUAAAGACGUCUGUCAGAUCAGAUUGGAUUUUGAAGAAUUUGAUAUAGGUAAACCAACGAGCAAUCGUAUAGCUGAUGAUCAACAAAAUACAUUUAGUUCUUAUCAAUGUAAAACGGAUCAAUUCAAAGUCGAAGAAGUUAGAAGAAAUUUAGGGUUUUCGGCACUUUGUGGAAAGAAUAAAGGACAACACAUUUACAUACCUGUAAGCGAAGAUCAAAGGAAAUUGGUAUUACGUUUCACGUUAAAAACUAGAUCCUCUGAUCAAAAUUUAGAAGAACCAAAAUGGAGAAUAAAAAUUCGCCAGUUGGAAUGUCAAAAAAACGUUUAUCAACAUCAACUCAAUGCUCCGAGUAAACUUAUGGCUUUAUAUCAGAAUCUAAAAAAUAAAAAACGUCCUAAAUCGGAUUACGAUUUAAUCGCUCCACCAAACUGUUUGCAAUAUUAUCCAGAAAAAACCGGUCAAUUUGAAUCGUUUAAUUAUGAUAAUGGUAAUGGUAAUUAUUUAGGACCACUAGAUUAUGCAGUAUGUUUUCGUAAAACACCUGAAAUUUGUGCAGUAAAAUACACUUACGAAAAUACCUUUCAGUUAAAUUUUAAUCCAUUUAGAGGUCCUAAUAACCCGAUAGAAGACAGAUGUCAUCCAAAGGCAGCAGCCAAUCGUUUAACGUCACAGGAUUAUAUAAGAAUUCCAGGUGGUAUAAAUGCGAAUAAAGAAUUUCAAGAUUAUUAUUGCGAUACCGAUUUCAAUCCCUUAAGUACAUCCGUCACAGGAAAAUCUCUUGAACCUCUAUAUGUUGGAGUUCAUACAGAUGGAUAUUUGGCUAAUAAUGAUGUACAAGAUCCAGAUGAUUUCCAAGAAAUUGGUUUCAGAUUGAAAUACGAACUUGAGAGUGGAAAUUGUGACAACAUUUGA